AUGCUCAGAAAGAAGACCUUGCACCCGCCGUUACUCUUCCGGAAUCACACCCCAACCUCCACCCCCGAACUAUCUCCCACCACCUCCUCUUCGGAUAGCGACUCGGACGGGGAUAUGGACCCCGCCCACUCGCGGCCGCUGAGCCUGGCGGUCGCUUCGGGCGUCUUCGGUCCCAUGCGACCGACGUUGGCGGAGGUCCUCGCAAACACUGCCCCCGCCCCUUACACCCUCAGUGCCUUCAUGGCCUACCUCUCCCAAAAUCACUGCCUCGAGACCCUCGAAUUCACCUUGGAGGCCAAGCGGUACCGGGAAGCCUACGCCGAACUCGUCCACCCGCUCGCCCCGUCCCCCGUCUCUGCCGAUUCGCCUCAAUGCCAGCGGGUGCGCAUGCUCUGGCAGCGCCUGCUGACCGCCUACAUUGUCCCAGGUGCGCCCCGCGAGAUCAACGUGUCGAGUGAGGUCCGCGAGCACAUCCUCCGACACGCCCAUCUCCCGUUCCCGCCCGCCCCCGACGUCUUGGACACGGCCACCCGACUCGUCCACGACCUGAUGGAGGAGUCCAUCUUCCUGCCCUUCCUCAACGCGCACGCCACCUCGUCCCCGUUGCUCUCCCCACGGGAGCCGUGCUGUGCCGUUGAGGAGCGCGUGUCGGUGGUCGCGGGAUCCGGGUUCGACGAGCACGCGGUCCGACGCGUCCGGUCCAAGUCCAGGGCCCGCCGCCUCUCCCCCCAGUCCUCUCGGGACCUGGGCGCCCACUUCGCCCAGAGCUUCCCCGCCGGCAGCGGCGGCCGGUCCAACUUCUCGCUCAGCGCCAUGACGGCCAUGAGCAAGGCGACGCACCGCACGUCGGGGCCCGUCUCCAGCGCCAGCGGCGACUCCGUCUCGGCCACGUUGACCGACGACUCGGGCAGCUUCGGGUCCCCCACGAGCGUGGGCGAGCCCAUGACGCCGCCCACGACGCCGCCGUCCAGCGAGCCCAACAUGCAGCUGAUGCACAGUCCCAAGAACCGCACGGAAAACCCGUGGAAGAAGAUGGGGAUGAAGUUGGGCUUCAAGAAGCGGUCCGGCAACGGCAGCUCGGGCAGUAUGAAAAUGGCGGGUCUGGAGGAAUGA